GUUUGGUUUUGUUCAAUUUCGUCAAGUAACCGUCUCCAUCGCGCACCUUGGUGGUCGUUUUUGAGCUUCCGAAAUAUUGCCAAUCCCAAUCUGAGGACAAAGCAAACGGAUAAUUGAUGAUCCGGUUGAAGCUAGGAUUUCAGGACAUAUCACGUGAUUUGAGACGUCCCAGCGAUUCAAUUUGAGAAGGAAAGACCAAUGAUGAGGCUGAUAGUUGGGAAGGAGCAGACGACAUAUCUGGGUUUAAUAUUUCAGUUGGCUUAUAAGACAAGGGCACAGCCGAGCGACUUGAGUUUUCAAACGUUCAUGUUUGGUGGCUGAACAAUUGUGAGAAGAAAUUAUGAUAAUUCCUCCCAGCUAAAUGCCUUUCUAUCGUUAAAAACUCGAGGUUGAGAGUUCGAUCAAGUGGCAGCCACCAUCACCCUCAGCAAUGCCUCCAACCCCAACACCCCCAGCGCCCAUCCCAUCAGCCCCUCCCCCUGGACAAACCGUCCUAUUCAACGUCUACCACAUUUAUAUAACCCAAGGAACCGGUCCCUUCCACCAAGGAAUCGCCCUCGUCCCCGCCCAACUCCAAUCCCAAACCGCCGGCCGCUUCUACCACGUCACCGGCACCGUUGGUCUGGGUAUGGACUACCAAUGUCGACCCGCCGAAAAGUUCGGCCUCAACCCGGCAUUUAAAAGCGCGAAAUUGAUGUACCAGAUGCCGAAGUGCCUGUUGUCGGAGUUUGAGGCUAUCGCGAGUAGCGUGGCGCCACCGCAUGAUCCGAGGGUGCUUAUGGAGAGGAAUCCGGAGCCACCGGCGAGGGACUGUGGUGCGUGGGUCACCGAGGUUUUGGAUAGGAUGGGAACACUUUUGAGGGAUAAGGGGGUGGAUUUAUAAGUCUUGGAGCUUGAUCUUGACUAGCGCUUUAGUAUGGUUAGCUUUAAUUAUAUUUCUUAUAUUGUGGGCUUAUAUGUCACGCUAUAUUUGCAU